CUUCUCUCUCUCUCUUUCUCUCGUUGCCACAUUUCUCUCAUUCCUUCACCACACAACUCUCUAUCAUCUCUCUCUCUCUCAUGAUUUCACUUAAUAAGGAGAUAAUCUUAUGUGCAUAACAUGUGAGAGGAGAGGCAUUUGAGGGAGAGGAUAUCUCUUGAUUGUCAGCAUCCCCCCUUUCUCCCCUUUAUAUAAUUUCCUCAACUCAUGGAGACCUAAACCCACCAGGCCCCUGCACUCCUCGUAUUGCAAGAAUCUCUCUCUCUCUCUCUCUCUCUCUCUCUCUCUCUCUCUCUCUCUCUCUCUCUAAAUGAAGAGCCUCCCCUCCAAGACCCCUGCAACAUCUCAAGCAAAAUUUCUGGAUCAGUGAGUGGAGAGGACAUCUCUCUCCGAUAGCUUCAUGCGCGAAUCCUAAUUAAGAGCUUUAAAUCCAUGGCGAGUUUGCAGAAAUCAAACUGCAACCACAUCAAGAUCACUGCGGUUUUUCUUUGCAUCGCAACAAAAGUUAUCUUAGCCGACAAGUUGAAAAAAGAGUGAGCGGAAAAAGGAGAGGAAUAGCAAGCAACCAGCCAUGCAUGUCUGGUGGAGCCUUGUGGGGAACUCCUGUACAAUCUGUUCUGUUCUAGCCAAGGCUCUCAAAAUAAACACAGCUUGACUGGAGCUGAUCAAGAAGACCAUCGCAAUGAAGUACAUGAAGCUUGGAACAAAACCCGAUACAUUCUACACCGCCGAAGCAGUCAGGUCAGUAGUAUCGGACAUACCUGCCGAUCUCAUCAUCCAUGUCAACAACACCAAGUAUCAGCUACACAAGUUCCCGCUGCUCCUCAUGUGCGGCCUCCUGCAGCGCCUCUGCUCCGACACCGACGACGGCGACGAGGAGCCCGUGCCCGUGGCGCUCCACGACAUCCCGGGCGGCGAGGAGGCCUUCGAGCUGUGCGCCAAGUUCUGCUACGGCAUCUCCAUCAGCAUCAGCGCGGGGAACCUGGUGCCGGCGAUGCUGGCGGCGCGGUUUCUCCGGAUGACGGAGGCCGUCGCCAAGGGGAACCUGGUGGCAAAGCUCGAGACCUUCUUCGACUCCUGCGUCCUGCAGGGGUGGAAGGACUCCAUCGCCGCGCUGCAGGCGGCGUGGCGGAUGGCCGGGUGGAGCGAGAGCCGCAUCGUGCAGCCCUGCAUCGACUCCAUUGUUGAGAAGAUCCUCAUGCCGCCAUCCAAGGUCACCUGGUCCUACACAUACACCAGACCGGGGUACACGAGGAGGCCCCACCAGUCAGUCCCCAAGGACUGGUGGACGGAGGACAUCUCGGAGCUGGACGUCGAGGUGUUCCGGUCGGUCAUCUCCACCGUGCGCGCGUCGCGGCUUCUCCCGCCGCCGCUCAUCGGCGAGGCGCUCCACGUCUACGCGUGCAAGCACCUCGUCGACCCACUGCACUCUGGCAGCGGCGCUGGCGCAGCCGCCAACGGCGUCCUCCAUCAGGCGCAGAGCUCGGCGGCGGGCGAGGAGACGCUGGCGAAUCAGCGGCGCGUGCUGGAGUCCAUCGUUACUAUGAUCCCCGGCGAGGCGGGGUCAGUCACCGGCCGGUUCCUCCUCCGUCUGCUGCGUGUGGCGAACUACGUGGGCGCGUCGUCGUCGACGCGCGCGCAGCUGAUCAGGCAGGCCGGGUCCCAACUCGACGAGGCGAGGGCAGCGGACCUGCUCAUCCCGCUGCCGUCCGAUCCGUAUGCGUACGACGUCGGCGCGGCAGAGGCCGUGCUGGAGCACUUCUUGGCGCAGUUCCAGCGGCUGGCGGCGCCCGACGAGCGGCGGCGGGUAGGCGCCGCCAUGGAGAAGGUGGCCAGGAUCUUCGAUGAGUACCUGCGGACCAUCGCGCUCGACCGGGACUUCCCCGUCGGAAAGUUCGUCGACCUCGCCGAGUGCUUGCCGGACUUCGCCCGCAGCGACCACGACGGCCUCUACUACGCCAUCGACACCUAUCUCAAGGAGCACCCGGAGCUGAGCAAGGCAGACAAAAAGCGGCUGUGCCGGCUGAUCGACUGCCGGAAGCUGUCGACGGACGUGCGGGCGAAGGCAAUAUCCAACGACCGGAUGCCACUGCGCACCAUUGUACAGCUGCUCUUUGUCGAGCAGGAGAGGACCAUCGGCGGCGUUGGUGCCAGCCAUGGCGCCAUCGCACCGGAAGGGCCCUCCCUGGACGCCAUCUCCAGGCUCGCUGCAAGAACCAAGGAGGACGAACCAGCGCCGUCAUCCGCUGGCCACAAAUCGGACGUGCACCGGCUACGUGGCGACCGUGCCCAGGGGGCCGAUGGCGCGGCCAUGACGAGGUCGCUGUCGGCAUCGACCAAGACGGCAGCGGCGGCAAGGAAGGAGAGGACGCCGGAGGAGAGGGGAAGCAGGAUGAGGAACAAGCAGUGAUGAAAGCAAAGUGUGCAUGAUCAUACAGAGUCUCCCUUGUUUUCUGAUCCCCUUGCUUCCAAUUUGUUCAUACUUGUGAUUCUUGAUUUUUUUUUUCUCUCUUGAUUUCAGCGCAUCCCAUUUUUGGUGGGAGAUGUAAGAGGCAUCCAUGUUGAAACUUGAAAGAUGAGAGAGGGGUAGAUUUUGUAAUUAAUAUGGAUGGGAGAUUAAUAAGUGGCUACAGUCAUACAAUCUAGGAUAGCUCACCAAUGAAGGAAAGGUUCAUGUUGA